CCCAACCCCUCCACCUCCGCCCUUCCCCCUCCCCCAACCCCUCCCUUCCUUCUCCCCUCCCCAACCCCUCCACCUCUGCUUCCUUCCCCCCCAACCCCUCCGCCUCCCCCCUCCCCUCCCCCAACCCCUCCCCCUGCCCCCCAACCCCUCCGCCUCCGCUUCCUUCUCCCCCCCCCAACCCCUCCGCCUCCGAUUCCUUCUCCCCCAACCCCUCCGCCUCCGAUCCCUUCUGCCCCCCAACCCCCUCCCCCCCCGCCUCCGCUUCCUUCUCCCCCCCCAACCCCUCCGCCUCCCUUCCUUCUCCCCCCAACCCCUCCGCCUCCGCUUCCCUCUCCCCCCAACCCCUCCGCCUCCGCUUCCUUCUGCCCCCCCCACCCCCCUCCGCCUCCCUUCCUUCUCCCCCCAACCCCUCCGCCUCCGCUUCCUUCUCCCCCAACCCCUCCGCCUCCGCCUCCCCCAACCCCUCCGCCUCCGCUUCCUUCUCCCCCAACCCCUCCGCCUCCCCCCCCAACCCCUCCGCCUCCGCCUCCUUCUCCCCCAACCCCUCCGCCUCCGCCUCCUUCUCCCCCCAACCCCCCUCCGCCUCCUUCUCCCCCCCCAACCCCUCCGCCUCCUUCUCCCCCCCAACCCCUCCGCCUCCUUCUCUCCCCCCAACCCCUCCGCCUCCUUCUCCCCCCAACCCCUCCGCCUCCUUCUCCCCCCCAACCCCUCCGCCUCCUUCUCUCCCCCAACCCCUCCGCCUCCUUCUCCCCCCCAACCCCUCCGCCUCCUUCUCCCCCCCCAACCCCUCCGCCUCCUUCUCCC